AUGCCUCCUAAGGCGCCGCCUGCGAAGCUCAAUAUCGUCAUGUACGAGCCACGGCGGGGCAAUUACGAACACUGGGCUCUACAUCUCGAGCAUGAAGCCAACAACACCAUCUAUGAGGUUGUCGGCGAGCAUCCCAGUUUUGAAAAGAACAGUGUCAGUGCCAGACCGCAGGCCAGCGCCAAUCUCAAGCGAUCUUUUCAAGUUGGGACAAUCAACACCCGCGACCUUCCAGCUGCCAAACAAAGAAAUCGGCAAAGCAAGGGUGGACAAUCAAACCGUUCAUUGGAAUUGCCAGGACUAUGUGAUUGA